ACAGACACCAUUUCCCCUAUUAGCAAUAUCUUAGACUGGUAGGAGACAUUUGUUACAAUUAAGGAACUGAUACCGAUACAUUAUAAUGAACUGAAGUCCAUACUUUAUUCAGAUUUUCUCAGAUUUCCCCUAAUGUCCUUUUUCUGCCCCAGGUUCUGUUUGGUACAACUGUAACAAAUAACGUUUGAGUCAGUCCUCAAUCUUGGCCUCCCCAGGCCAUAGAAUCAAAUUGCUCUAACACUUACAAAGAGUGUAGGUGGGGGGCAGCCUCUAACAUAGCCUCCAGGACCCCCUACCUCCUAUAUUCACGCUCUGGUCUGAUCCUGUCCCCUUGAGGGUGGGCAGGACCUAGUGAGUCCCUUUUAACUAACAGAAUAUGACAAAUGUGGUGGGAUGUCACAGCCAAGAUUUGGUUACAAAAGACUGUCUUGCUGGCCCUCUCUUGCACCCUCGGAUGGGAGCCAACCGCCAUAAUGGAAGCAGAAACUGAAGAGGGUCACCAGGCAACAGUCAGUGGGAAGCGGAGGCCCUUCAUCCAUCAGCCAGCAAGGGACUGAAUCCUGCUAACAGCCACCCAGCCAGCAAGAUGGAUUUGAGAUGAGUCUACGUCUCCCAUCUUCCAGGCCCAGGCCGCACUAGGCCGACGCGGCGGAUGACGCCAUCGGAUGACGCCGCGAGAAGGUCACACGGGAUCUUCCAGCAUGGCGGCGGCGGCGGCGCUGCGGGGAUGCUGGUGCCGCUGCCCGCGGAGAUGCCUUGGAGGUGGAGUCCGUUUUCUCUCCAGCCACAACCUAGUGCCACUACCCCAUGGUACCUAUCAGAUUCCCCGGCCGAGUGGAGAGCUGACCCUGUCCAGAUCCUAUUCUUCUGGAAACAGGAAAGGCUUUCUCUCCGGCUUGCUAGAUAAUAUCAAACAAGAAUUAGCCAAAAACAAAGAAAUGAAAGAAAGUAUAAAAAAGUUCCGAGACGAGGCCCGGAAGCUGGAAGAGUCCGAUGCGCUCCAGGAAGCCAGGAGGAAAUACAGAACCAUUGAAUCAGAAACCAUGCGGACGGGCGAGGUGAUCAGGAAGAAGCUGGGGGAGAUCACCGGCACCGUGAAGGAGAGUCUUGACGAAGUCAGUAAAAGUGACCUUGGCCGGAAAAUCAAGGAGGGUGUGGAAGAAGCAGCCAAGACCGCCAAGCAGUCGGCUGAGUCUGUGUCCAAAGGUGGGGAGAAGCUUGGCAGGACCGCCGCCUUCAAAGCCCUCUCCCAGGGUGUGGAGUCCGUCAAGAAGGAGAUCGACGAGAGUGUCCUGGGGCAGACCGGGCCCUACAGGCGGCCCGAGCGGCUCAGGAAAAGGAAAGAGUUCUCGGGAGAGAAAUUCAAGGAAGAGAAAGUGUUUGAGGCCAAUGAGGAGGCCCUGGGGGUCGUGCUGCACAAGGACUCCAAGUGGUAUCAGCAGUGGAAGGACUUCAGGGACAACAACGUGGUGUUUAAUCGGUUCUUCGAGAUGAAGAUGAAGUAUGACGAAAGCGACAACGCUUUCAUCCGGGCGUCCCGCCUGCUGACAGACAAGGUCACAGACUUGCUGGGUGAGUGGGCUGCCCCGGGACCGUCCCCCCACAGCCCGAGCCGGCGGUGGGAGGGGGUCCCGGGCCCUCACCCCACUCCUGGCUCGGCUGCCCCAGGGGGCCUGUUCUCGAAGACGGAGAUGUCGGAGGUGCUCACGGAGAUCCUGCGGGUGGACCCCGCCUUCGACAAGGACCGCUUUCUGCAGCAGUGUGAGAACGACAUCAUCCCCAACGUCCUGGAGGCCAUGAUUUCUGGAGAGCUUGACAUUCUCAAAGACUGGUGCUAUGAAGCUACCUACAGCCAGUUGGCCCACCCGAUCCAGCAGGCCAAGGCGCUGGGCCUCCAGUUCCACUCCCGCAUCCUGGACAUCGACAACAUCGACUUGGCCAUGGGCAAGAUGAUGGAGCAGGGCCCUGUGCUGAUCAUCACCUUCCAGGCCCAGCUGGUGAUGGUGAUCAAGAAUCCCAAAGGCGAGGUGGUCGAGGGUGACCCGGACAAGGUACUGCGAAUGCUGUGCGUGUGGGCUCUCUGCCGAGACCAGGGCGAGCUCAACCCCUAUGCGGCCUGGCGGCUCUUGGACAUCUCCGCCUCCAGCACAGAGCAGGUCCUCUGAGCGCAGCAGCCACGAGUGGGGCCUCGGGGCUGGAUCGUCACUGCAGACACACGGGGGACUGGUGUCCACCUGCAGCAACUAGACCUCUGGGGACAAGACUGUCAGCUGUGCCCCCGCCGUGCCAGGACUGCUGCAGAGCUAGCGGGAUGCGGCGGGGAAGGGAGGGGCUGCUGUGCACAACGCCAGCCCCAGCACCGCCCCUCUGCCCCAUGGGGGCUGCUUGGGCCGUGGGCACCCAGGCUACGGGCAGUGCCCAGAGGCCCCCAGCCCAGGGGUACCCUCCCAGGACCCAGUGGUGCGGCCUGGGCCCACUGGCCACAUCAGCCAGGCCGUUUCAGCCUUUUUUUUUUUUUUUUUAAACAGUGCCCUUAUUAUUAUCCUAUACAUAUGCAGAGAUUUGGAAAUAAUAAAACACCAAAGUGCAGGAGAGCAA